AUGUCCAAGAUGGGCAUCUCAGUUCUGGAGUCCUACCGCGGAGCCCAGAUCUUCCAGUGCAUCGGCUUAGACCAGAAGGUGAUCGACCGUGCCUUCACUGGUACACCAUGCACCGCACCCGCGCUGUCAUUCACGGACAUAGCAAACGAGUCCAUGAUGUUCCACAGGCGUGCUUUUCCAGAGCUGGAGGAAACGGCAGCCGCAGAAAAGCUUGAAUUUGCUGGCUGGUACAAGUACAUCAAGAACAAGGGCGAGUUCCACAUGAACAACCCUGACAUGUCCCGCGCUCUGCACCGGGCUGUUCGGGAAAAGGAGCCUUUAGCCUACGAGGAGUACCGGCGUCAGAUCAUGGACGGGCGGCCGGUCACGGCCAUCCGAGACCUGUUGGAUUUUGCUUCAGAUCGACAGCCUGUGCCUCUGCAGGAGGUGGAGGACGCUACAUCCAUCUGCAGCCGCUUUGUUACUGGGGGCAUGUCGUUGGGUGCGCUGUCUCGCGAGGCACAUGAGGUCAUUGCCCUGGGCAUGAACCGUGUGGGCGGUAUGAGCAACAGUGGUGAAGGAGGAGAAGACCCCCUGCGGUUUCAUCCCAUUGAGGAUGUGGAUGAUGAGGGCAACUCUGCUACAUUCUCGCAUCUUAAGGGCCUGAGAAAUGGUGACUCUGCAACCUCGGCAACGAAGCAGGUGGCCUCUGGCCGCUUCGGGGUCACCGCAGCCUACCUUCGGAGUGGGAAACAGCUGGAGAUCAAGAUCGCCCAAGGCGCCAAGCCGGGCGAGGGUGGACAGCUCCCAGGGCCCAAGGUGGAUGAGUACAUUGCGAGGCUGCGCAAUAGCGUGCCAGGGGUCGAGCUGAUCUCCCCGCCUCCGCAUCACGACAUCUAUUCAAUCGAGGAUUUAGCGCAGCUGAUCUUCGACUUGCACCAGGUGAGUCCGGAUGCGAAGGUGUCCGUGAAGCUGGUAGCCAGCUCGGGCAUUGGCACUAUUGCCGCGGGAGUUGCCAAGGCAAAUGCGGAUGUCAUCCAGAUCUCGGGGCACGAUGGCGGAACUGGGGCAUCCCCUCUGAGCAGCAUCAUGCACGCUGGCGGCCCAUGGGAGCAGGGUCUGUCGGAAGUGCAGUCCGUUCUGGUUGAGAACGGUCUGAGAAACAGGGUCACGCUGCGGGUGGAUGGUGGCAUCAAAACUGGCUGGGACAUAGUCGUCGCAGCUAUGAUGGGGGCUGAGGAAUACGGCUUCGGCAGCGUGGCCAUGAUCGCUGAGGGCUGUAUCAUGGCACGGGUCUGCCACAUGAACAGGUGCCCGGUGGGCGUGGCGACGCAACGGGAAGAUCUCCGGAGGAAGUUCCCUGGAACUCCCGACCAUGUCGCCAACUUCAUGCUUUUCGUGGCGGAGGAGGUUCGCACUAUCAUUGCCGCGCUAGGCUACCGCUCUUUGGACGAGGUCAUCGGCCGUUCGGAUUUACUCAGACCGCGAGCGGAGAACGCUGUACGGACCAAUGUCCCCCAGCCAGCUCUAGCAUCGCAGCGGAGGAAAAAGCGGACCCCAAAGCAGCUGACAAAGACGAGCUGCAUAGACCUCAGCGGCUUUUUCGCGGACGAGCGUCCGGAAGAGGAAAGCAGACUGUCCUGGGUGGGGUCUCAGCGAAAUCGAUCUGCGCACAGCAACGGGCCAGUUCUGGAUGAUGAGAUCUUGGCAGAUCCAGAAAUUGCAGCAGUGAUUGAAAGCAACAGCGGAAGAGUUUGCAAGGAGUUGAGAAUUGAGAAUGUACAUAGAUCUGUUGGUGGAAGACUAGCUGGUGUCAUCGCCUCCAAGUAUGGAGAUUAUGGCUUUCAAGGGGAGAUUGAGCUUAGCUUCGUGGGCUCUGCAGGGCAGUCCUUUGGUGUGUGGAACACCUCUGGCGUGUGCCUCAGGGUCACAGGAGACUGCAACGACUACGUGGGAAAGGGCAUCAAUGGAGGUACAAUAGUAGCUGUCAAGCCAGCCGACAGCUCUUUCGCCUCGGAGGAGAAUGUGAUAGCAGGUAAUACUUGCCUUUAUGGCGCCACGGGCGGUCAAGUUUUCUUGAACGGCCGCGUCGGCGAGCGAUUCGGAAUACGAAAUGCUGGCUGCGAAGCAGUUAUCGAGGGCUCUGGCGACCACCUUGGCGAAUACAUGACUAACGGAGUCAUCGUUGCACUGGGUGCUGUAGGCCGGAAUGUGGGAGCGGGGAUGAGCAAUGGCUUGCUUUACAUCUACGACCCCGAAGACCGGGGCCUCCAGAUGAAUGCGGACAACAGGAGCAACGUGUUCCGGGUCACAUCCCCUGUGGGCCAGGAACAGCUAAAGGUCCUCAUACAGAG